AUGUCUUCUCGAUUCUCUGCGCGACGGCUCUUGAGGCCACUCGCGUAUGGCACAGGACUGGCCGUCGCGGGUACGACUGUUAUGUACAUCGCCUACCGCCCUCGCAACGUUCCCGGCGCAGAUACUCUGGCUCCCAAACCUCCACGAAGAGACGAGAACGGCGUCAUUAUCCCUCCCAAAUUCCCCUACAUCAAGUCAAGAGCCGAGCAGAUUGCUGAUCUCAAGAAAUCCUCGUCUUCACCGUCGUCUGAAGAGUAUGAUCUGCUUGUGAUUGGUGGAGGAGCUACGGGAACCGGCAUUGCGCUAGAUGCGGCCACAAGAGGUUUGAAGGUGGCCAUUGUGGAAAGAGACGACUUUAGCAGUGGAACAAGCUCAAAAUCGACGAAACUGGUCCAUGGCGGUGUCCGAUAUCUUGAAAAGGCGGUAUGGAAUUUGGACUACAAUCAGUAUCAGCUGGUAAAGGAGGCCCUGAAAGAACGAAAGAGCUUCUUAUACACAGCACCGCACCUGAGUUCGUGGCUCCCCAUUAUGCUGCCUUUGCAGAAGUGGUGGCAACUCCCAUAUUUUUGGGCCGGAACAAAAUUCUACGAUUUGCUGGCAGGUUCGGAGGGCAUCGAAAGCUCUUAUUUUCUCCCUAGAAGCAAGGCGUUGGAAGCAUUCCCCAUGUUGAAGAAAGAAAACCUCGUCGGUGCUUUGGUUUACUACGAUGGCCAACACAACGAUUCGAGGAUGAAUGUUUCACUGGCGAUGACUGCUACGCUCUACGGCGCAACCACAGUCAACCACCUCGAAGUGACCGGUCUGGAGAAAGACGCCAGUGGAAAGUUGACCGGUGCAAAAGUGCGAGAUCUGAUUGCCGACAAGGACGGUCAGUCAGGAAAUGAGGAUUUCGUCGUCAAAGCGAAGGGCAUCAUCAACGCAACCGGUCCCUGGGCAGACGCCAUCCAAAAAAUGGAUGAACCAGGCACGAGAGACAUUGUGUCACCAAGUUUGGGAGUUCACGUCGUUCUUCCCGGCUAUCUCAGCCCUCAAAACAUGGGUCUGAUCGACCCCUCGACUUCCGAUGGACGUGUUAUUUUCUUCCUCCCUUGGCAAGGUAACACCAUUGCCGGAACGACAGACUCACCAUGUGCCAUAUCACAGAAUCCAGUGGCUGGUGAAAAGGACAUUCAAUGGAUCCUGGACGAAAUCCGAACCUAUCUAACCCCCGACAUUGAUGUUCAGCGAUCCGAUAUUCUCGCCGCAUGGUCAGGUAUUCGCCCUCUUGUCCGAGACCCAAAAUCCAAGAACACCGAAUCUCUUGUUCGAAGCCAUCUUGUCACUGUUUCUGAUUCCGGUCUCCUUACCUGUGCUGGCGGAAAAUGGACUACUUACCGCCAAAUGGCUGAAGAUGCAGUCGACGAAGCCAUCAAGGUCUUCAAGUUGCAACCCAAACCUACCACAUAUGUUCCUGAUAUCAGUGGCGUCAACGGAAUUGACCCAACGGCUAAGAUACUCGACGGUACUUGUCAAACCCAUCAUAUUCGCCUGCUCGGAGCUCACGGCUACUCUACCACGCUUUUUAUUAACCUGAUCCAACACUUCGGUCUUGAUAUGGACGUCGCGAAGCACCUCGCAACAGACUAUGGUGACCGCGCCUGGGAUGUGGCCGCAUUAGCUACCCCCACCGAUAACACCGAGCAUUACCCUCGACGCGGCCAACGGCUGUCAAGUCUUUACCCAUUCAUUGACGGCGAAGUGCGAUAUGCCGUUCGAAGUGAAUAUGCUCAGACGGCAAUUGAUGUCCUUGCUCGACGGACGAGAUUGAGCUUUUUGAAUGCCCAAGCUGCUCUCCACGCUCUUCCCAAGGUCAUCGAUAUCAUGGCUGACGAAUUGAAAUGGAGCCAGCAGAGAAAGGAGGCUGAGUGGAAAGAUACCGUUUCUUUCCUAGCCAGCAUGGGCUUACCAAGCGACCUGCUUCAGAUCACAAGAGAACAAGUAUUGCGAGGGGAAAUGACGACAAGUAACCUUGCCCCUGCCAAGGGUGCGUCGAAAGCCGUCGUCCCGGUUAGACCCUCGCUUGAGCCUGCCGACGAAUCCCACGCACCUGUGCCGUAA